UAAAUAAACAUUUAUUUUAGGACUUCUUUGCUUACGAAGCUAAUAAGCACUGCCUUUGAAACUUAUUUUCCUAAUAAUAACAAUUAAGUUCCAACUGUGAACACUGAACAUCUAUAAUUACCUACCUAGUGCCUUUCGUAAGCGCCUUCAUACCUAAAUAAUAAUUUAUUUAUGGUCUUCUUUGCUUACGAACCUAAUAAGCACCUAUCUUUAAAUUUUAUUUGGUUUAAAACAACAGUUAAAUGCCAAACUUGUUAAAAUAUACCUAAGUAACUACUUACUUAUUUUGUUUUACGCCUCAUUUGCAAGGCUUAGAUCCAUUUUACUCAUUCUUUAUUUAAAUUGCUAUUUACAUGCAAACAUUAACGCAAUUAUAAGUAAAUUAAACCUAAAACUCAAUUCUAUCUACCUACUUAUUUUAUUGUUUACGAGUUACGACUACAGUGUUGCGUCAUAUCAAUUUCAGCGAUUCAGCGCUUCCUUUCGAACAACGUCUACGCGUACGGUGCAUCUACAAGCGCGCUUGCAGCGGCUGAAUUUGCAUCGUGCGACCUUGAUCGUAGCCGCGAGCCUGCCUCUCACCGGCCGGCUCGAGUCAACGCAUCGAAGUAUAGGAGCGUAUCGUACCUACCAUUUUUAUAUUUUAUUAAUAACACAGUAACACUACUUAAUUAAAAUGUCGCUAAGCGAACAGAGUCUUGAUACUAACCUAAGAGAAUUAACAGCGAAACGUAGCUCAUUUAAAGGCCGACUCACUAAGUUUAAAAAUAACUUAGACGUUUUGUCUAGUUGCAAGUCGAUUUCGCCAGUCGAAGUCAGCAAAUUAUCAAUUAAAUUAAGUCGAUUUGAAACAUUGUUUACGGAUUUCGAUGAGCUACAAACGCAAAUAGAGGUUCUUAAUGUAGAAAACCUAGACGCGGAAUUAAAUAUUCGCGAAACUAUUGAGCAAGACUUUUGCUAUUGCAUCGCGACUGCCCAGCAAUUAAUUGAUACGAAUUCUACUCCAAAGAAACAAAAUAAUUCAUCGCAUUCUUGUCAUGAUCACGACGAAUGCGACGGGUUGUUGGGUUUUAAGUUACCAACUAUUAAAAUUUCAAACUUUGAUGGUUCUUAUUACAAAUGGCUGGAAUUUAAGGACACCUUUGUGUCUCUAGUCCAUGAUAAUACUAGAAUAAAAGAUAUACACAAGUUUUAUUAUUUGAAUUCAUACCUAGAAGGAGAGGCCGCCCGCGUGAUAAGUAAUUUGGAAGUAAGUGAUAAAAAUUAUAGUAAGGCAUGGCAGCUUCUCUGCGAGCGUUAUGAUAAUAAGCGCCAAUUGAUAAAUAAUCACUUAAAGGCUUUGCUCAGUGUAGAUACGGUUCGCGAAACCGAAAAAUCUUUUCGUUUUAUUAUAGACCAUGUCACUAAAAACUUGCGUGCCCUUCACACAUUAGGGUUGCCUACUGAAAGUUGGGACAUGCUUAUAAUUUUUCUUAUUUCCCAAAAGCUAGACCCCACCACAAGUUUGAAGUGGGAAGAAAGCAGAAGCUCAUUGAAGGACAUCCCUACACUAGAUGAUUUCUUCCAAUUUCUAAAAAAUAGGGCAGAUGUAUUUGAAACAAUUAAAAGUAAACGUCGCAGUUCCAUAGAACCCUCACCAAAGGGUAAAAGGGAGUUUACUAAAUCCUUCUCAGCGACCAGUUCACCUUCUAAAUCUAAAGUUAAUUUUGUCUGUCCAGUUUGUAAAGGUAAACAUCGUAUUUACGAGUGCUUGACCUUCAAGAAUAAAUCUCCAGAAGAUAGAUCUGCACUCGUAUCUUCUCUAAAUCUUUGCCGGAAUUGCCUCCGCAAGGAUCACACCGUGGACCAGUGCCGCCUGCCUGGUGGUGGCUGUAAGACCUGUAACCAACGGCACAAUUCCCUGAUCCACGUUAACGUCUCCGAAAGUGAAGAAGAACCAGCACUAGAGACUGUUACCAUGUCAUCCACGUCGGUGACUGAAGUUCUACUAUGCACCGCACUAGUUGAUUUGUUUAAUCCGACCACUAAUGAAAAGGUCACAGUGCGUGCUCUUCUUGACAGCGGAAGCCAGUCCUCAUUCUUGACCACAGCUGUCAAACAAAGUCUUGGCUUACCUUCUCAAAAAAUCGGUACCAAGAUCAUUGGUAUCGGUGACACCAAACUAAAUGUUUUAUCAGAACGAUGUUUAGUCCACAUUAAAUCAAAACAUUCCUCUUUCAAUACGACUAUAUCUUGUUUAGUUUUACCUAAGCUUACAGGUCAACUGCCUAAGAUUACCUUCGAUAUUACAAGAUUGAAUAUUUCCAAUUUUCAGCUGGCGGAUCCAACAUUUAACAUUCCCUCUGACAUUGAUGUUAUUCUGGGCGCAGAGCUGUUCUGGUGUAUCAUUGGCACUGAACAGCAUUCUCUUGGUGAGCCCUACCCUAUUUUGCGUAGCUCCAAGUUAGGAUGGCUAAUAGCUGGUCCUAUAGGCCCUAGUAUAAAGGCACAUAAAUCUAAUCCUGCUCAAGAAACUUCUUGCAACUUUGUUAGUUGCGACUCAGAUUUAUCUAACGAAAUUACAAAUUAUUGGGAACUUGAGAAAGUGCCCACUAAGACCAUCUAUAAAGAAGAGGAGCAUCUUUGCGAACAGCAUUUUCUCCAAAACACUUACCGCUGUGAUGAUGGCCAUUUUUGCGUAAAAAUCCCGCUUCGUUGUGACAAGGAUUGUUUAGGGAAUUCUUAUGCAUUGGCAGGAAGAAGUAUUUUUAACCUUGAAGGGCGCUUCAGUAAACAGCCUUUACUCAAGCAAUCAUAUGUAGAAUUCAUGAGGGAGUAUGCAGACCUUAAGCAUUUAUCUGUAUACGACAAACCCCUAUCAGAAUCUUCAUUUUAUCUGCCUCAUCAUCCAGUUCUUCUAAAACUAACCAGUAAAUUGACUAUCACUGAAAUUUCUGAACUUAAUUCCCAUGCCCCUACAUCGCAGAACCCAGCUUAUUUAGUUAUACGUGGUGUGCAGCCCUCUUGCGUGAAUCAAUGUAAGUUAUGGGGGCAUGGACCAACUUACCUUUUAGAACCAGAAGCGUCUUGGCCCGCACAAGAACAUAGAAUUAAAAACCUACCUGAAAUCAAAGCACUCGCAGUGGAGGCCCAGGAACCUUUCUUUGAUUUAACUAGAAUUUCAAGAUUUCCUAUUUUACAACGCAUUUAUGCCUGGGUGCUUCGAUGUAUCAAUAACGUAAGAAAGUCCAAAAAUAGGUUGACUGGUCUAUUGCAAUCUUCCGAACUUGAUAAUUCUAUGUGUGCUCCAGUGAAGAUUUCACAAGGUCAGUCUUUUGCAAACGAAUUGACACUUUUGUCUAGCAAUAAGCAGUUUAAAGCAAGUUCACUUCUGUCUUCAUUGGACACCGUUAUUGAUGCAAAGGGUAUACUCCGCGUAGGUGGCCGUCUUUCUAUGUCCGAUUUUAAUUGCGACAAAAAAUGUCCAAUUUUAUUAUAUGCUGAUAGUCAUCUAACUAAGAUUUUAUUUCAUAACGAGCGUGAUCGUCUAAAAUCUGGGGAGUUUCAAGACUCUGUACAAAACUUUGUAUCCAAACAGAAUAUUGAGUUUGAGUUCUCCCUCGUAUACGCUCUUAACUUCAGUGGUUUGUGGGAGGCCGGCACAAAGGCAACCAAAUUUCAUCCAAAAAGAGUAAUGUGCACAUCCAACUUAACUUUCGAGGAAUUAUCUUCAUUGUUUGCACAGGUUGAGUCAAUCCUCAACAGCCGGCCCCUCUGUCCUCUCAGUCCUUCCCCCAAUGAUCUCCAGUGUCUCACACCCGGGCACUUUCUGAUUGGCAGGCCACUCAUGUCCUUGCCGAGUCCACCUCUACUAGAAAUCAACACCAACCGACUCGACCGAUUUCAACGGCUGGAGCAGGCGCACCAGCACUUUUGGAAACGAUGGGCUAACGUUUAUGUGGCCGAACUACAACAGCGCACGAAGUGGCGUACAAGGUGUGCCACAUUGAAGGUACACGACCUAGUUUUGCUGAAGGAGCCAAGCGCGCCUUCGCUCUGCUGGCGCCUUGGCAGAGUGACACAACUGCAUCCCGGCGCUGAUGGCGUGCCCCGCGUUGCAGACAUCUCCACCGCUCAGGGCAUUGUGCGACGGGCCCUUAACGGAUCUGCCUGUUGCCAACUUCUUUCUCUUGAAAGGAUCUUUCAAGGGCCGGGAGGAUGUUCGCGCCGCUAGGAUCGCGUCGUGGUGUGUGUGUGUGUGUGUGUGUG